AUGGGUCACUGUCCUCCUCUGUUGCUGUGGCUCACAGGGGGCCCUGGUUGCUGUGCUUGGUCUGGCCUUGUCUAUGAAAUAGGUCCACUAAAUUACAAGAUUGAGAAAUACAAUGGAAGCCUACCCAAGUUGAUCUUAAAUCAUUACUCCUGGACAAAGGUGUCCAAUAUAAUAUUUGUAGAUUCGCCGGUUGGUACUGGAUUUUCAUAUUCAAAAACUUCAUCAGUAAAUCACUGGAAUGAUUUUAAACAACUGGAUGACCUUUUUCAAUUUUUCAAAAAGUGGCUUAUUAAUUAUCCAGAGUUUAUCUCCAAUCCUAUUUAUAUUGCUGGAGAUUCUUACGCUGGGAUGAUUGUCCCUGCCCUUUGCCAACUAAUCUCAAAUGGGAUUAAGGAAAGCACCAUACCAUCUAUAACUCUAAAGGGAUACAUACUUGGGAACCCUCGAACAGAAUAUUCAACAAACCAAAAUUACAGAAUCUCAUUUACACAUGGAAUGGCACUUAUUUCUGAUGAAAUCUACAAGUCCCUGGAGAAUAGUUGCCAAGGAAAGUAUAAGAACAUAGAUCCCAACAAUACCAAGUGUUUGAAAGCUUUCCAAUACUACCAAAAGUGCAUUUCAGGAAUUAAUGAAGGCCAUAUAUUGGAACCGGAUUGCCCUAUUGAUCGUCCUCUAAAACCUCAUAAAAGAAGAUGGUUGAAUCAAAUAAAUUCUCAAGUGUUGCUCCUUUCUAAUGGUGAUGAUUCACCAUUUCCUCCAUUCGGUUGUCGAAACUAUGAUCAACAACUUUCUCGUUAUUGGGCUAACGAUGGUCAUGUUCGAAAAGCACUUCGCAUAAGAAAGGGAAGUAUACAUGAAUGGCUGCGGUGCAAUUUCAACCUAAAAGAUCAAUAUAAAGUAGGCAUUGUAAGCAGUUUUCAGUAUCAUGUAAACCUCAGUGCUAAAGGCUACAGAUCUUUAAUAUACAGUGGAGAUCAUGACAUGGUUAUUCCGUUCUUGGCAACUCAAGCAUGGAUAAAGUCUUUAAAUUACUCCAUUGUAGAUGAGUGGAGGUCAUGGAUUGUUGAAGAUCAAAUUGCAGGGUUCACCAGGAGUUACUCCAAUCAAAUGACAUUUGCAACUGUUAAGGGAGCAGGGCACACAGCUCCUCAGUACAAGCAAAAGGAAUGUUUUGCAAUGCUGCAAAGGUGGAUUGAUGGUAAACCUUUGUAAUGAAUUCAUUUAUUUAUUUAAAAAAAAUUCUCCCUAUUAUGUAUUUGUGUUCCUUCUAAUGCAAAACUAAAAAGAAUAAAUCAGAGAUUCAUAGUUUAUAUGAACUCUCCUACCAUUUGGAACACCCAUCCAUGUGUGAGGUAACCUCUCUAAG